AUAAGGGUAAUGUUUGCAAGGAGAAAGCUGUCUGCCGGAUCAGGAGGGUUUUUUCCGACGGGAGUUCAAUGCUCACAUCGAACCGAUGAAUAUAAACCUCUUCGACCGGCAAAGAGAAAGUUUAGAUGUUUUGGCUGGGGGCGCCUGCAGCAUCCAACGGGAUCGGAUGGAGUGUGAACAGGACUUUUAUUUUGGUGUGGCGUCGUGAUGUCAUAAGGCUGCGCUGCGCUGCUGCUUCUGUGAUUCUGCUGAAAGAGUGUCCAAACACACAUAACUCCUGGUGAAGAUCUCGUGACACACUAUUAUAAAGAUGGAGUUUAUUAAAGAGGAGAGUGAAGACAUGAAGAUUGAAGAAACAUUCAGAGACAAACAUGAAGAUACUGAGCAACAAACAGACCUGAUGGUGCUGAAAGAGGAGAAUCAAGAACUGAAUGAAAUGGAAGAGAAAAAUCAGGAAAAAUGUCAUGACUUCAUCUCUGGGGAAAAAUCUUUUAGUUACUCACAGACUCAUAUAAAAGAACCGAGAAACCUUGAAGUUCACACUGAAGAAAGCCCUUUCACCUGCCAACAGUGUGGAGAAAGUUUUAGUCAAAAGAAAAGUCUUAAUGGCCACAUGAGGAUUCACACAGGAGAGGGCCCUUUCACCUGCCAACAGUGUGGAAAGCGUUUCAAUCGAAAUAACAACCUUAAAGUCCACAUGAAUAUCCACACAGGAGAGAAGCCUCACGCCUGCACACUGUGUGGGAAGAGUUUCUCACUAAACAGACAUCUUAAGACUCACAUGAGAAUUCACACCGGAGAGAAGCCUUUUGCCUGUCAACAGUGUGGAAAAAGUUUCAGUCGACAAGACAAACUUAACAUCCACUUGAAAAUCCACACAGGAGAGAAGCCUCACACCUGCACACUGUGUGGGAAGAGUUUUUCACUUAAAGAAAGUCUUAAGGCUCACAUAAGGCUUCACACCGGAGAGAAGCCUUUUGCCUGUCAACAGUGUGGAAAAAGUUUCAGUCGAAAAGACAAACUUAACGUCCACUUGAAAAUCCACACAGGAGAGAAGCCUCACACCUGCACACUGUGUGGGAAGAGUUUCACAUUAAAAGGAUAUCUUAUGACGCACAUGAGAAUUCACAGUGGACAGAAGCCAUUCAUAUGCUCUGAGUGUGGAAGGGGGUUUAACCAGAAAAAGGACCUUAAUGCCCACAUGAGAAAUCACACUGGAGUGAAGCCAUUUGUUUGUAAUCUGUGUGGAAAGAGUUUCGGAUAUAAAGAAAGCCUUAAUCAUCACAUGAGGAAUCACUCAUCAGGAUUCAUGUCAUCUGUGUGAAAGGAGAUUCACAGACAGGAAUCACCUUGAGAAUCAUGUAAAAAUUCACAUCGGAGAGAAGCCUUAGAUGUGCCAUCACUGUGGAAAGAGUUUCAAACACAACAAAUCUUGAGAAUCACAUGAGAACCUGCCCUCAGUGUGGAAAGAGCUUCAUAACGAAAGGAAACCUUAAUAUUUACAUGGGAGUUCACACUGGAGAGAAGCCUUACAAGAGUCUUCAGCCUGAAAAGAGUUUCACAUACAGCACAGAUCUGAAACAGCAUUUGCAAAUUCAUUCUGGAAAGAAAUUCCUAAUGAAAAAAAUCUGAGCAAUUUAAGAAAUAAUCUGUGCAUUCACUUUGGAGAAACCCAGAGUACACUUCUAUAAUGUACUUAAAGUGCGCUAAUUUUGUACUUUAUACUAAAAAUUCUUGUUUAUUACUUCAUAAGAUAAUCUUUAGAACAUCUAAGUGUACUCAACUGUGCUAUUUUGAGACAGCAUAGUAUAUUAAAAGCACAUUUUAGUUUAUAUUUCUAAACUGUUGAUGCUAUCUUCUGUCUCUGCUCGAGAGAGAUUUACUUGCCGGGUCUCUUUUGCCCUGUUUUUUUUUUUCUCUCUGGUGCAGCUGAAAAUAAUUCCAUGCAAUGAAAUGAAACAGUUCAGGGAAACAAGAAGGGCUGGGAGGAAAAAAAAAAAAAAAAAAUCGAUUGAUCUAAUCAUUGCAAUUUUUUUGUUUACGAUUUUAAAAUUGAUUUUUUUUUUCAUCCCAGAUUCAAUAAUAACUCAAAUUAUAUUGCUUUAUUUUAGUCCUUGCUUACAGACGAGGUGGACAGAAGUUACCCACUUUUGUUCCAACAGAAGGCGAAAUGUGUCGUUAUAUGCACGUCAUGUGACGUAAUAUCCCUUUCAAGCGGACGAGAGAAAGCGAUGUGUGACUACCCAGCGCUUCCCAAACACUGAUUUAAUUGUGGCAUCCUGCCACAAUAUCAACAUUGAUUGUCUAUGGUAGCCAUCAAACACCUUUUUAAAACAACGUGUUUGUCAUUGCAUCAUUUAUUUAAGAGAAUGUAGUGCUGUAAUGUAUGAUGCUUCUGAAAUGAAACUCAUUUAUCUGAAAGAUGUGAUGAAUUGUUUUUGUAAAUGUCUCAUCUCAUGUA